AUGAAAGAGUCUUUGUGGUGGAAGGAUGUGAAGGUUGCCAGCUGUGAUGCGGAGGGGGAUUGGUUUGGGUUGGGUGUUCAGAAGUUUGUGAAGGGGAAUGAUACAAGUUUUUGGUUGGAUGACUGGAUUGGUACUGGGAAGCUUUGUGAUAAGUUUCAUAGGCUGUACAACUUGUCCAAACUUAAAUAUCAUAGCAUUAAUAAUUGUGGGGAGUGGGAUCAGGGAGUUUGGUGUUGGAAGUUGAGGUGGAGGAGGCCUUUGGUGGGUAGGGAGUUGCAGUGGUUGGCUAUGAUGCUAGAUGAAGCCAAGAGAGUGCCUCUCUCUAAAGGAGUACCUGAUAAAUGGUGUUGGCUUCCAAGCAAUGACGGGAUUUUUACCGUUAACUCUUUUUAUUCUCUUUUGCAGGCACCGGUGUUGUUACCUCCAGAUCCCAUUUUCAUUCGGAUAUGGAAAUCUGUGGCACCUUCAAAUAUCAAGGCCUUUGCUUGGCGCGUUAUGCUAGAUAGGAUUCCUUGUCUCCAAAAUUUAUGGAAACGCAAGGUGAUUCGAUCCCAGGAAGAAGCAAUUUCUCAGGUGUGCUGUUCGGAUGUGGAAUCUUGUGAGCAUUUGUUGUUCUCUUGUCCGGUUUCUUUGGAUAUUUGGCGUCAUUGCUAUCGGUGGAUGGGUGUCUGUACAGCACUGCCCAGGAAUGCGAGAGAACAUCUACUGCAAUUUCAAUUUGGUGGAGAUAAAAAACAACAAAGAGGUGCUAAUGCAAUCUGUGGUUCUGUGGAACUUAUGGGGAAGCAUCAUGUUUUUGUUGUGGCAAAAGGGAUCAUGGUUUUGAGUUCUGGCUUCAUGUUUUUCGUCUUUCUAGUGGUUGUUGUCAUGGAAAAUGUCCGCUUUGAUUUCAAUGCUAAGCGUGGUGGCUUUAUCAUGUCUGUGUAG